AUGGCGACGCCGAAGACGCAGAAGGACAUUCAGAGCCUUACCGGACGUGUCGCUGCCCUGACACGGUUCAUCUCCAAGGCUACCGACAAAUGCGUACCGUUCUUCAAAGCUUUGAAAGGGGGCAAACAUCAUAUCGCAUGGACUCCCGAAUGCGACCAGGCGUUUCAAAACUUGAAGAACUACAUGAGCCAGGCACCACUGUUAUCAAAACCGCUCCCGGGUGAGGUACUACUCCUGUACCUUUCGGUAUCCAACACUGCCGUUAGCUCAGUGUUGAUACGGAAGCCAGAGAAGGUGGAGCUACCGAUCUUUUAUGUCAGCAAGGCGCUCCAGAACGCAGAGCUUCGGUACCCACCCCUGGAGCAGCUAGCUCUGGCCCUGGUCGUCUCGGCGCGAAGACUCCGCCCUUACUUCCAGGCGCACGAAAUCACAGUUCUGACGAACCAACCUCUUCGGCAGGUACUCCAAAAACCGGAAACAUCUGGCCGAUUGGUCAAAUGGGCAAUCGAGUUGGGAGAAUUUGACAUACAGUUCAAACCGAGGCCUGCAGAAAAAGGCCAAGCCAUUGCCGACUUCAUCUCCGAGCUCACACCUCCUGCGCUAUUGGAGCCAUCAUCGCCGAGCGCCAUAUCUCUUGCACCAGAUAAAAUGCAUACCGAACAUUUCGACACUUCCGUUCCUCUCUGGGUCCUGCAUGCAAAUGGCUCGGCAAACCAGCAAGGCUGUGGCGCCGGGUUGGUAUUAACCACUCCGGACGGUAGCAAAAUUGAGUAUGCCCUCCGAUUCAACUUUCGGACCUCCAAUAACGAGGCAGAAUAUGAGGCCCUCCUGGCUGGCCUUCGGCUAGCCAAGAGCAUGAGCGCGAGGCAGAUCAGCAUUCACAGUAACUCCCAGCUCAUAGUAAAUCAGAUAACGGCAGACUUCGCAGCAAAGGAUGCCUCCAUGUCAGCCUACCUCUCGGCAGCUCACCAACUACUACAGAAAUUCCAGGCCUACGAGAUACGGCAGAUCCCCAGGUCAGAAAACAGCCACGCCGACACGCUCUCACGAUUGGCUUCGGCAAUAAAUGACAAGAUCGGAAAGAAGGUACCGGUGGAGAUAUUAUCCCAGCCGAGUACAACCGCCGCUGAGGUGUGUACCGUUCGGUACGAAGACACAUGGAUGUCUCCAAUCUAUGUCUUCCUGACAACCGGAACCCUUCCUACCGAUAAGUCCCAAGCUCGGAAACUCCGUUACCGAUCGACAAGAUACACAGUCAUCGACGAUGUUCUGUACAAGCGAGGCUACAUGACGCCGUAUCUAAAGUGUCUGACCAAGGAGCAGGGGGACUACGUCCUUCGGGAGGUCCACAGUGGAAUCUGCGGUGACCACUCUGGAUCCCGAUCGCUCGCACACAAGGUCUUCCGACAGGGUUAUUUCUGGCCGACUCUUCACCAGGAUGCGAACACAUUAGUCAGGAGGUGGGACAAAUGCCAGCGGGUUGGUAGUGUCCCUCAUAUUCGUGGCGAGCGCCAGCGGCCGAUUCACGAGCACGCCCAGUGGGGAUUAGACCUAAUUGGUCCGAUGCCAGAGGGCAAGGGUCAGGUCAAAUACGAUGUCGUUGCCGUAGACUACUUCACCAAAUGGGUAGAAGCCAAAGCCCUAGCGACAAUAACGGAGGCCAGGGUCGAAGAUUUUGUCUGGACAAACAUUUGCUGCCGAUUCGGCAUCCCUUACACCAUCGUUACGGAUAACGGCAGGCAGUUCGAUUCGGAAGUCUUUAGGGAAUUCUGCACCCGACUCAAGAUCAACCUGUUCUUUGCUUCGCCAGCACACCCCCAAUCGAACGGACAGGUCGAAGCCAUGAAUAAAAUUGUCAAGAAGCUGUUGAAACGGCAGCUUGACAAAGCCAAGGGCGUCUGGCCGGAAAAGCUUCCAGAGGCGGAAACUUUACUGGCCGACGGCCAAUGA